UAUGUUUGAAGAAUACACAAUCAGACUAAAGCAUCUAUUCAAACCUAAACCAAAGCUGGAACCACCGCAACCAAAUCCUUCAGAAGUACUAAUGGGAGAUAGUAAAGCUGAAGUUUAUCAAGAAAUACCAAUUUCGUCAAAUAGAGAUACCAAAAUGAGUUUAGUGACAAUAAUAAUAAGAAGUUGUCAGAUGAUUAGCAGUAUGCUAUGUCUAAUCAUGUGGGCUGCUACUGCUGGCUUUCAGGCUAAAUGGGAUGUUGGACCUUCAGGAUUGUCAGGAUUAUCGAUAGCUGCUAGCUUAUUAUUUUUCAUUCUCUCAGUUAUUCUUUUCACUAUACCUAUGUUAUACAUUAAAAAGAACAUGGCAAAAAAUGCAGAUUUAUUCCUUCGAGAACGCAGAUCAGCAUGGGUUUUAAAUGGAGUUGGUGUUUUCAUUUCACUCUUAAUGGCCGCGAUUAGCACAGGUUCAGCAUUCACAACGGCUGGAUGUAAAAACCCAGAUGAUGAUCCAAAUGAGGGUAAAGGUGAUGACUUUAAGGAUGCAUUGCCUAUAUUCUGUGGAACAAAGAAGACUGCAUCUAUAUUAUUUUGGGUCGUUUUCUUCAGUUGGAUGGGUUCAAUCGCUGAGAUAAUGCUUAACAACAAGAACCUCAUUAAGAAGAGUGGAAGGAAGAGUGGAACUAGAGAUCCACCAUUUCAAGCUCCAGAUGCUGAUCAAGAGGCUGGUUAUGGCUAUGCAAAGGAGACUUACCAAUCGGACGCAUCUAAUAGAACAUACGAUGAUAGUAGCGCACCACUUACAGGUAGAACUGUCAACCCAUUUGAACCUGAACCAGGUAAUCCAUACGAUAGGGUAUCAGACAACGAUGAUGACAACAAUCCAUUCAGUCAUCCAGCAAUCUCAGAACCAGAGUUCGUAUAUAAACCAGGAAUGUACUCUUCAUCAGCCGAUGCUUACCACAAGUAAGCAAAUAUUGUAAACUAUGUUAACGAUUUAUUGUAUAAAUACAUAUGCAGAGUAUUGACAA